AUGCAGCGCGUCUCUUCACUUCUCCCUUCGUGGGACCGCCCCAAGCCGCCCAGUAACACCUCCAAGGCUCCCGCGCCCUUGGAAAAGGUCUGGGGAUGGGCAGGCAAGAUCGCACCCAAACACCUCAGCACAAGCAGCGUCAGCGCGCCUGCUCGUUACGGGCGAGAACAUUACUGGCCUACCAACCUCGAUCGUGAAUGCGAAAAGGCCGCUCGCAUUCUGCAGUCCUUUUGCAGUGAUGGCUACCUAGUCCAGGACGACAAGGGCUCUGCACCCACGAGUCCAACGCAGUCAACUUUCCCGAAUACACCGAAACAGUCUGUCAAAAACAUUCCCCCCAAAAUAAUACAAAAUGCCGUCGGCCUCGCCAUCUUCUCGUGCAUGCGGUCCGGCCUCUGGAUGUCAGGCUCGGGUGGCUCGGGCAUUCUCAUUGCCAGGAAAGCUGACGGCACAUGGUCGCCACCUUCUGGUUUCCUCCUCCAUACCGCUGCACUGGCUUUUGUUAUUGGGGUCGACAUUUAUGACUGCGUCCUCGUCAUUAACAGCGUUGCGGCGCUGGAGCUGUUCACCCGGCCCAGGGUAACAUUGGGCGCUGACGUCAAUCUCACCGUCGGACCCUUGGCAACUGCCGGCCUCCUAGACACCGAACUUCGAUGGAAAGAAUUAGAGAAGACCGUCUUAACUUACCUAAAAGCAAAAGGCCAACACAGGACCGUUAAUAUCGAUGGGUCGCUCGUUACGGAGCGUGGCAAUGAGAAUGAGCGGUUCUACGGCGCUAACGUAGCAGUCCUUGACAUCCUGGCUGGCAAUGUUCGAAAGGACAUACCCGAGAUCAGGCCUCUUUACGAAGUUAUCAAAGCAGCUGAGGGCAGGACGGAUUUCGACGCGGCGCUUUUGCAGCAAUUGGCUCUGCAACCUGCUCCUGGAGAUGCCACGAUUGAGACGCCAACAAUAACACCCGCAACACCUGCGACACCUGCGUUUGGCUUACCGAAUGCUGAUGAUCCCGAUCCCUUUGGCGUGAUUGCCCUGGAGAUGGCCGGCCUGGAAAUCCGCGAGGCUGGCACAAGACACAGACCAACCAGCAAUCAGUUCGAGUACAACCCGGCUCCCACAAGCCCCAUGUUCAACAAAUUCAACCGCGAGAGCGUGGAUACGGCCUUCUCACGUAGCAACAGGGGCAGCUAUAUGUCAACCAAGACGGUAGCUAGCCGAAUGACAGACGCUGGCACGCAAACCGAUGUGGCUGACACCCCAGAGACCAAUGUGAGCCCGGGUAGCAGCGAUGACGGCAAGGAACUUUCUUUGGCUGAGAAAUUGCCAAUCGUCAAUGAACCUGAAGAGAUUGACUACACCAAAAUAGAUAUGAGCGCCAUUAGGCACUUGAGCCAGGAGUCUGUUCCUGACAUUGUGGAGCCUUCAAUUGACUCCGUUACAUCACCGAAAGAGGAGCCGAAGGAGGCACCAAAGGCGAAAGAAAUUGUGGCACCCCAGGAGAGCAAAAAGGCAGAUGAGGCUGCUGAUGAGUCAAGCACUUUUUCGGAUGAUGAAUGCGACGAGGACGCGGAUGACGAGGAUGAGGAUGACAACGAUGAUGAGGAGGCCGUGAUUUUUGAGGUCGCCACAGCUUCCCAGCCACAGCGAGCUGCAAUCUUAUCGUCUCAAGUCACACAAGUCAUUCAAGUCAAGGGUGCCCUGGUCAACAUCCCGAAACGAAUCCCUCCUCCGCUUCCUCCACGAAGCCCGGCCCGCACGUCCCGAGCAAGCAAGAGCGAAUUCGGUGACGUGUCUUCGCUCCGCAGCCCCCUCAGAAACUCAUUCCAGUCAAGUUUGAAGACCGACGAAGAUGCAGCUUCUGUGAAGGAGGAGGCUAUCCAGACCUCGCCACUAGAUGAGGCGGUUGCACAGCUUGAGAAGGUGGACAGGCUCGAGGUGAAGGGCCAUCAAAGAAACUCAUCUUCUGUGUAUACCACGGUAGUGGAGAACCGUCUGAGUAUUGAUAGUGUGCCCCGUACACCAUCUACGUUCCAGACGCACGAUCGAACUUCUUCAGGAGAGGAGGACCACGAGCCCCGAACGCCAAAGGCAGAAGACGAUGAUGCUCACUCGCUUUAUGACGAGAAAAAGGAGACAAAGGACGGGCUAAAGAUCGAGCCUAGCCAGGAUGUUCCUCCAAUCCCUGUCUCUUGA